GAUUACUCUUCUGAACACAGAGAAUAAAAGUCAGAGCUGAAAGCAGCAAGUGCACAAGUGAGCUCCAGACACCCCGACUGCUGGAAACGACUGCUGAAGCCAUGGCCACACACAGCACAAACAGAGCAUUUCUGAUUGGGACCAUUGCCAUCAUGUCUCUCCUGAAACAGAACUGCAUGGCUGGAAAGGAAGAUGAAAAGGGAUUUAAAAUGUGUGUCACGUCCAGCCGAGGAAUGAAAGACCUCUCCCAUCACAAUCUAACAAAGAUUCCUUCAAAUCUUCCCAACACCACGCAGUAUUUGGAUGUUUCUCACAACUCCAUCCGAAGACUGGACGGAGCUCAGAUUUCCGGACUGUCCCAGCUCUGCUGCCUGAAGGUAACUCACUGUGGCCUGCAGGAGAUUUCUCCCAGUGUGUUCAGUCACACACCAGCACUCAAAGUUCUCAACAUAUCGUACAAUGACUUAGCUUUCAUCCCUGACAUUUCAGCGAAACAGCUGAAAAUCCUUGAUCUGGCUAACAAUCUGUACAACAGCUAUCGAAUUCCAGCAGGAUUUCAAAACCUGACGAAUCUGGAGGUGCUGUCAGUAGGUAGUACAGCAGCUCUGUCAGUCAACUACGAUGACUUUGACCCGCUGAUGAAUGUUUCUCUGCAUCAUCUGGUUUUGGGAGCAGGAAUUCCCUGGCAAAAGUAUGACUCUGGUGCUCUUGCAAAAAUUAAAUUGGUCCAAAAACUUUCCCUUUUUGCAUCUUUCUGUGAGGCUUUCGACAUGUUUGAGAACCUCCUCGUGGACUUGAAUGUGACAGGAACAACAUCACUGAGAUUCAUCAAUAUAUUCCCAGACAACUGCGCAGUGAGUGGCAACAUUUUUAAGAACCUGAGAACAAUGCCAUUUAUAAAGAAUCUCACUGUAGAAAACAUCUGGACAAACAGCUCAUUCAUGGAGGGGUUUCUGAAGAAUGUGUGGCUCUCCUCCCUUUAUGACCUCUCAUUCAUCAACAUCACUUAUAAUGAAGAUACAUCAGACGGGUUUCAGUUUCGCACCAUUAAUCACACAAUCAAUCUUUGCUCAAUUACAUUCAACGGUGUGAAUCAUUAUCAAUACAGAUACCCCAUAAUAAACAUGAGCUUUGAGGCCAUCUCAAAUCUGACCUAUUUAAAGUUCUCUGGGACGGGAAUGAACAUUUUACCCUGCAAACUUCUGUCUGCCCUGCCGGCACUGGAGACUCUAGAUCUGUCAGAUAACCUCUUAACAGAUUCUGGCUUCUGGUGGUUUCAGUGUUCGUACACCUCUGUCUUCCCCAAACUCAGGAAACUGUCUUUAAGUAAGAACCGCUUCAUCAGUCUUUCCUUUAUCUCUAAGAAGACGCAUCAGAUGAAGACAUUAGAGUCUCUGGACCUCAGCUUCAACUCCAUCAAGUUGGACGGGGACUGCUUUUGGCCUGCUCAUCUGACUGAGCUCAACUUGGGAAAUAACAACCUGGGAAACAGCGUCUUCAAGUUCCUGUCAUCAAACUUUGAAAGGAUUGACUUGUCAAAGACAGGAAUAACAGCCAUAACACAUGAGGAUCUCUCUCAGUUUCCAAAACUGACACACCUCCAACUCAGUUCCAACAGCAUCCAGUUCAUCCCUGCAGAUCUCAUGGCCCCAGCUCUGCUCAGUCUCUACGUAGAUCACAACACCUUCUCAUCUAUAUCCCAGGAGGUCUUGGCAGGACUUCCCAGUCUUCAGACCCUUAAAGCUGGAAGCAAUCCAUUUGCCUGCUCAUGUGACUCCUAUUGGUUCAUCACUGUGCUCAACAAGUCUUUGCUCCAGGACUGGCCCUUAGAUUAUACCUGCAGCACCCCGCCAUUGUCGUCAGGCUUGUCACUCUCUGAGUACAAAACCAGUGAGCUGUCAUGUGAGACGUGGCUUCAAGUUGCAGUUUCUUUGCCUGUAAUAGUAGCUGUAUCUGCAGCUAUAGCUCUGGUUUUCUAUAAAUGUGAUGGAGUGUGGUAUACUAAGAUGCUAUGGGUGUGGAUCAGGGUGAAGAGGAGAGGCAAUAAACGCUCAAACAUGCUGAAGAAUGCAUCAUUUAAUUAUCACGCGUUCAUCUCCUACAGUCAUCAGGACUGUGACUGGGUGGAUGACCAGCUGGUGCCCUCUCUGGAAGGCUCCGGGAUCUCACUCUGCGUUCACGAGCGCGACUUCGUCCCUGGUGACUGGAUAAUAGAUAACAUUAUCAACUGUGUGGAGUCCAGCUACAAGACGCUGUUUGUCCUCUCCAAACAUUUCGUCCAGAGUGAAUGGUGCAACUACGAGCUUUUCUUCGCCCAGCAAAGAGCCAUCAGCGUCCAGCAGGACUCUUUAGUCUUCAUAUUACUAGAGCCCAUUCCGGCUGACUCUCUGCCCAAGAGGUUCUUGAGACUUAGAAGUUUACUGAGGCAGCAGACGUACCUUGAGUGGCCGAAGGAUGAGCGGAAGCAGCAGGUUUUCUGGGCGAGUCUUAAAUCCAUGCUGCAUUUGGCAGACAAAUCUAUGGUUCUUAAGGAUGUGGCUGAGGCCAUUUCAGAUACAGUGCCUCUGCUUAUAGACGAAGUGUAAGAGCUGAAAGGACAGGGUCACAUUUUUUCAAAUCUGAAAGCAAUGCACACAUCAUUUUUGGUCGAUGUGCUUGUUUUUCCCACAGUUCACAGUAGCCCUGAAGAGUUCUCUUCCUAAGUGAGGGGGGACAAAGACCAGAGUGCUUGUACUGUGCAAAAAUGCAUUCCCAAAUUGAGCUGAAGAUAAACUGAAGCCAGUUAGAUAAUCAUUUUGGAUUUUUUACUGUCUUUUAGUAUGAAAAUGCCUUUUUUGUGAGUGCUUCUUUGCUGAGCCGUGCCAGAGAACUAAAAUUAGGUACUAAAUUACUGCAACUUUGGAAGAUAUCUACUUGACUUGUCUAAUUCAGACUACUAAAGCCUCACAAUAACUUCAGAUGAACUUUGAAAGGAAUUUGAAUGGAUUUUGCAUUCAAAUUAUUGUAAGAGGGACAAUCAGACAAUCAGUUAUGUUUUCAAUGUACAAUGUACAACCUAACACGUGUGAUGAACAUUGUAACAAUAAAGACUUAAAAAGCGAACCAAUCCUUUAACCGCAAAAUGAGGAGAACACAAUGGGUUCUGCUAUCUAUUACUGUACACACUGCACAUCCACAGAGUUGUAAUGACAAUCCUCAAUAAAAAAAACAAUAGAGCCAGUACCAAUGAUGACUUAACUUAAAACAACAAGUUCCAGUUGUGUAAACACAAGUAGCUGUUCCUGAACCAUGCUUCAAUAAAAAAGUCAGAAAUUGGCAACACACUUCAACUAGUCAGAUGCAUUUACCGAAGAUUGACCACAAAACAAGAUCUGUCUGGACAAAGUCCCGUGAGGAUACCAACAACUUCUCUAUAGAUGUUUCAAAAAGGAAAUAGAAUGUAUUUGGUAAGCUGUAACUCACAUUCAAGAUAUCUCUACAGUAACUCUGCCAAGUCAUAACUCGAUGACUCAUAACUUGAAGAUGGCAAAAGAGGAACUGUGAGAUAAAAAACAUCUAAUCCUUUACUUAUUCCCGGGAGGCAAUUAUAUAAUUUACCAUUAAUUUAAUAGUAUUCAACUGAUAAUUUUAAUUGAGAUAUAUGAAAUUAAUAUUUUAACAUUUUUAAAACUGAAUUGUAGGUAUGUUCAAUUAGAGGUUACAUAUCAGCAAAAGUAACAAGUUAAAGAUGUACAAAUGAUUUUCAUAGUCAUAAAUUGAUUACAGGUGUCUGUCAUGUACUCUCAUCAAGCUAAUCAGAGUUCAAAUAUUUUGGUAUUGAGCUUAUACGAGAAAAAAUCAGUCUGUGAAGACAAUACUUUUAUGACUGCCACAAAUAUAAGAAAUAAAUUAAAGUAGAAAUAUGCAGAUUUCCGUGUCAAAUAUUUCAAAACUCAAUGUCUUUUCCCAGCAGAGAGAUGCAUAUGUAAUGAGUUCUGUGUAAUGGCUGUGUGUUUGUGUUCUCUGUUUAGAGCCUCUUUUCAUUUUAGCAAAUGUCUCCAUCUACUGUUUGCAAUGACACACACCACACACCAGUUUGAAGGAAUGGAUUAGAAUGAUGCUGUACAACACAGAGAGCAAAUUUGUCUUUUUUUUUUUUUUUUUUACAUUUUUUUUACCCAGUAUUACUUCAUAAAAUCAGUGAUAGAUGUACCUGUACUACUCUACUCUAAUAAAAACAAUAUUCAUUUGUACUUAUAUAGGUAUUCUAAUUUAAUUGUUUUCCCCUUGCACAUGGCUGCUAAUGUAAAUUGUAUGGCAACUUUUAUCCUUAUGUAUUAUAUAAAUCUGUGAAAUGUUAUUGCUGUCAGCUCUAUAUCACAGUCAGCCAGUGUCACGGCUCUCUAAAUUUUUAAUAUUAAUAUACAAGGGUGUAGCACAAGAUUCUAUAUGUGGGCAUUCUCUGUGGGCCCCUCUGCACACCCAUGGCUAUUCAUUCUAGUAACCUCCUAUAAUGGGGACCCUUUAUAAUCACCCCCCCUAGUCCUAAUAUGUGGUCUUAUAUGGUACCACUUUGUAUAAAGCACUCUUUGAGGGAUUUAUAAACUGUAACUAAAGUCUAUAUAAUUGUUAACAACCUAUUUAUUGAUACUUUAUUGAUGUGUUUUAAACCAUUUUAACAUCUGCAUUGCGA